GGUAACCUUUGCUGUCACAGACUCUGUGGUAGCCAAGCAGCCUCACAGCUGCCAUCAAGGUGAUGGCCUUUGCCAAGGGGACCCCUCUGCCUGCUGUGCAGCUAGUGCAGGCCUCUGUUCGCCACAGAACCUGCCUGGUGGGCUACCUUCCGCGUCCCCACCUUUCCCUUGGGUGAAACUGCAUCCACACCCUGCCGAGUCAGCCUCUCGGUUCCUCCCUGGCUGGCGUUGACACUGCAGCCGAAGCGGGUGGGAGAUGUGCAGUCAUCCGGUCCGACGGGAUGGUCCGUGCACGGGCAGUGUUUCUGCCGUCCACUGAGAUGGGAUUUUUGUUGCUGCUUUGCGAAGUGUCUGUCAGAGGCAAAGAUUCUGAGAACAUUGACAGUGCCCUCCCCCAAAGCCACACCUUGCAUUACGGAAAAGUAGCUCUCACAGGGUUGUUUUCCUGAUUUCUCAGAAAAUAAAAUGGGAAGUGAAAAGGCCAGUGUGCUCACUAUAGUGUGUGACUGUAAAGCUCAUUCGAUCUGCAAGUGAGAUUUAGGGUCAGAACAUUAGCUGUGAUGAUUAACAGGGGACAGAAUUUUUCUUUUCUUUUCAAGGAUGGUGGCAGUUAAUCAUUUUUAUCUGCCCGCCUUGUAGACUUGAUGAGAUUUAUUAUGUAUGCUGCAUGUUUAUGGCAUUUUUAUUGUAUGUUGUUAAUUUGUUGUAACUGCCACCACAUUUUUUUUUUCUUCUUCUUCCUUUUUUCUCCCACGAGGACCCUUGAAAGCAGCUAAGCAUCAACUGUGACUUUUUGCUUUAGGAAACUUCAUUUAAUUUUUAAUGAUAAUAACAAGUAGAAUCGUCUGCAAGUUGUGAGCAGCGCCGGUGCUGCCGUGCGCGCCUCACCUCAGCUGUCAGGAGGACUUGCAGGCACGCUGGUUUGGGUGCUCGUGUUUUCUGUUGAUGAUCAAGUGAGGCUUGUUUGGGUGGACUUAGAGAAUACACACUUAUGAAAACACUUCACCUGAAACCUAGAGGCACAAGCUGCUGAAAGCGCACUAAACUAUCAUUUUCUUCAUCCGUGGAAAGUCAUAUCUGGAGUUUCUGAAUCACUGUUAGCGUCCCUCUCUGUGUUGCAGUUUUGUGGCAUUAUGCAUGCCCCCUUCCUGUGACUCCAGGUUUUUUAUGGCUGUGAGACACGUUACAAGUUCAGGGGUAAGAAGUGACCUUUUGAGGUGACUAUAACUGAAGAUUGCUUUACAGAAGCCAAGAAAGGUUUUUGAGUCAUGAUGCAAGAAUCUGGGACUGAGACAAAAAGCAACGGUUCAGCCAUCCAGAAUGGGUCAAGUAGCGGCAACCACUUGCUAGAGUGCAGUAGUCUCCGGGAGGGCCGAUCCAACGGGGAGACGCCCGCUGUGGACAUCGGCUCGGCUGACCUCGCCCACGUGCAGCAGCAGCAGCAGCAGCAGCAACAACAGGCUCUUCAGGUGGCAAGACAGCUCCUUCUGCAGCAGCAACAGCAGCAGCAGCAACAGCAGCAGCAAGUUAGUGGAUUAAAAUCUCCCAAGAGGAAUGACAAACAACCAGCCCUUCAGGUGCCCGCGUCAGUGGCUAUGAUGACGCCGCAAGUUAUCACUCCUCAGCAAAUGCAGCAGAUCCUCCAGCAACAAGUGCUGAGCCCCCAGCAGCUGCAGGUCCUCCUCCAGCAGCAGCAGGCCCUCAUGCUGCAGCAGCAGCAGCUUCAAGAGUUUUAUAAAAAACAACAGGAACAGUUGCAGCUUCAACUUUUACAACAACAACAUGCUGGGAAACAGCCGAAAGAGCCCCAGCAGCAGCAGGUGGCUACCCAGCAGUUGGCUUUCCAGCAGCAGCUUUUGCAGAUGCAGCAGUUACAGCAGCAGCACCUCCUGUCUUUGCAGCGCCAAGGCCUUCUGACAAUUCAGCCUGGGCAGCCCACCCUUCCCCUCCAGCCUCUUGCUCAAGGCAUGAUUCCAACGGAACUGCAGCAGCUCUGGAAAGAAGUGACAAGUGCUCACACGGCCGAGGAGACCCCGGGCGCCAAUCACAGCAGUCUCGAUCUGACCACGAGCUGCGUCUCUUCUUCUAAGCCUUCCAACACCUCCUUAAUCAUGAACCCGCAUGCCUCUACCAAUGGACAGCUCUCGGUCCACACUCCCAAAAGGGAAAGUUUGUCCCACGAGGAGCACCCGCACAGCCACCCUCUCUACGGACACGGCGUGUGCAAGUGGCCAGGCUGCGAAGCGGUGUGUGAAGACUUCCAGUCGUUCCUAAAACAUCUCAACAGCGAGCAUGCGCUGGACGAUAGAAGUACAGCCCAAUGUAGAGUACAAAUGCAGGUUGUACAGCAGUUAGAGCUACAGCUUGCAAAAGACAAAGAACGCCUGCAAGCCAUGAUGACCCACCUGCAUGUGAAGUCUACAGAGCCCAAAGCCGCCCCUCAGCCCCUGAAUCUGGUGUCAAGCGUCACACUCUCCAAGUCCGCCUCCGAGGCUUCUCCACAGAGCUUACCUCACACCCCGACGACCCCGACCGCGCCCCUGACUCCCGUCACCCAAGGCCCCUCUGUCAUCACCACCACCAGCAUGCACACGGUGGGCCCCAUCCGCAGGCGGUACUCAGACAAAUACAACGUGCCCAUUUCUUCAGCAGAUAUUGCGCAGAACCAAGAAUUUUAUAAGAAUGCGGAAGUUAGACCACCAUUUACAUAUGCAUCCUUAAUUAGGCAGGCCAUUCUUGAAUCUCCAGAAAAGCAGCUAACACUAAAUGAAAUCUAUAACUGGUUCACACGAAUGUUUGCUUACUUCCGGCGCAACGCAGCCACGUGGAAGAAUGCAGUGCGUCAUAAUCUUAGCCUUCACAAGUGUUUUGUGCGAGUAGAAAACGUUAAAGGGGCAGUAUGGACAGUGGAUGAAGUAGAAUUCCAAAAACGAAGGCCACAAAAGAUCAGUGGUAACCCUUCCCUUAUUAAAAACAUGCAGAGCAGCCACGCCUACUGCACACCUCUCAAUGCAGCUUUACAGGCUUCGAUGGCUGAGAAUAGUAUACCUCUAUACACUACCGCUUCCAUGGGGAACCCCACUCUGGGCAACCUAGCCAGCGCAAUACGGGAAGAGCUGAAUGGGGCAAUGGAACACACCAACAGCAACGAGAGCGACAGCAGUCCCGGCAGAUCCCCUGUGCAAGCUGUACACCCUGUACACGUCAAAGAAGAGCCCCUCGACCCAGAGGAAGCUGAGGGGCCCCUGUCCCUGGUGACGACAGCCAACCACAGUCCAGAUUUUGACCACGACAGAGAUUAUGAAGACGAAGCAGUAAACGAGGACAUGGAGUGAACGUCUGAGUGGGCCGUCCCCAAGAAUGAAGAUAAAACAAACACGUCAAAAGUUAGCAGUGAAAUUGUUCUCCAUUUGUUGUACAGUCUGGAGGAUUUUCACUACAUUUUGACAACUCUGAAAUGUGUUAACUCUUAGUGCCAUCAAGAAUCCCAUUUGGGAGUAUUUUUGAUUUUUCUACUUUUUGUUGAAAACAGGAAUUUGUACUCUGUGCAUCGGAUGGACUUGUUUGGUACGUGGGAUUUUCCUGUCUUAACAUCAGUGUUGCGGAUUCACUGAACUGAUUCACUUUCAGCAGCAGACUUGGGCCUGCAGCCUGCCGACGCGGGCCGCUGCGGACACCGCCUGAGCGUGUGCGCCUAAGCUGCAGACCAAGCCUUUGCCCAGAACUUAAGGAUUCCAAUGGACGAACCUAUUUGCACAGUACUGCAUGUUGAUUAUCACUGCCUUUACUCCAUUUUUGUUUUUUUGUUGUUGUUUGGGUGUUUUUUUUUGUUUGUUUGUUUUUUUGCUUCCAGUUGGGAUGGGGAAGGCCUUUGUGUGUGUAUUGGGGGGAGGGGUUAAAAAGAAUUAUCCCAAACUUUUUAAUGUAUUGCUUUUUUUCUCCCCCCUGCUUUAACUAGACCAUUUUAAGUUCUGACCUCAGGCCUCCAUCUGGGCCCAUGGCCUCUUGGAGGCUUCAAGUUUUCUGUACCUUGUGAUGAAUGUUAAUAGGUGUUUUUAUUAUACAAAGCUGAAUGUCA